AUGGAAGCAAGAACCAGAAAACGCAUCCCCAAGUCCUGUCGACGCUGUCAUCGUCGGAAACAGCGCUGCGUGGGGUUUCCCAGCUGUACUAAUUGUGAAGCUGCACAUCAACCAUGUGUUCGAUCGGAGACAGCCCUGUCGUGGCAUCAUGGCAUGUCAAAGAACGCUCUCGCCCAUCGGAUUGAGGCGUUAGAGGCACAGUUAUCUGCUCUUCGAGAUGAAACGUCAGAAGUUGAUGGUCAGCAUUCUCCUACCGAUAGCCAUCUCAACGGGGUGGUGAGAUUCUUGACUCUAGGACAUGAAGGAAGUGUACCAGGCUAUCUUGGCCCAUCAUCUGGUUUAUCCGUCGCAGAGAAUCUGAAUCGAAUUGUGCAUGAUGCUGUAUCCAAGUCACUCCCUGUAAAUGGUGGCAAUCAGCCAGGUCCAUGGCCAAACACAGAACAAAAGGUCGCACCUCCAGAAGACGCAAUAGGAGAACAGAUCCUCAAUGCAUAUUUCAAGAACAUGCACAUGCGUCUUCCCUUUCUCGAUCGACAUGAGAUUCUCGAGUUACACGCACAAAGGCACCAAGGAGCAGGACCAACGCCACACGACCAGUUUCGCAAAUUCAAGAUCUUCAUGGUAUACGCGAUUGGAGCGGCCAUUCUCCAAAUGACAGAAACAUACGAUUCGACUCCCCCAAAUACGUUUCUGGCUACGGCAUUACAGUUUGAACCGACGUUGAGAGAAUCGCUGUCUAUUGCUACCAUCGAAGCAAUGAUGUUGUUGGUUCUGUAUAACCUGCGUUCAUCAUCGAAUUCCAGCGUUUGGUACAUGAUCGGACUGGCGAUGAGGACGUGUGUGGAUUUUGGAUUACAUCGAGAAGCACAUUAUCAAAAGUUGAAGCCAGAGGAAGGACAGUUAAGACGAAGGCUGUUUUGGAGUGUCUAUCUCAUUGAACGAUACGUCGCCUGGUCACUAGGACGGCCGUUCAGCAUCGCAGAGGAAGAAAUGGACGCAGAGCUGCCACCGGAAAUAGACGAACAAGGACAGCCCAACCUUCGAAGAUUCAUUUCAUCCAUACGGCUCCAGCGCAUCAUGUCUCAGAUACAUAUGCGGAUCUAUCGUGUUGACAAGAACAUAUCCUCGUUGGUGCCUGAGAUCAGCCCCCUUCUGGCUUCACUAGAAGAGUAUAAACGCAGUCUGCCUCGACUGGAUCCACACGAAGAUGACUUUGUGCAUAUGCAUUGGAAUAACUCGAUUCGAAUGCUUCUUCAGCCGUUUUUGAAUACCCUCCAUCCAGAAGAUAAACUCAUUCAAACGUGCUUAUCUGCAUCGGGACAGAUGUGUCAAUUCUUUAAAAGACUGCGACAGCGAGAUUCGUCGGGAUAUUCUUUUCUUCUAGUUAAUUCGGUCUUUUUAGCUGGACUAACUAUGUGUUUCUGUCUCUUUCGAUCCCCCGGCCUCUGGACAACAAGUGUAUCAAACGAUCUCCGUGCCUGUUCAUCUGCACUAUUCGUCAUGGCAGAAAGGAAUCAAAACCUGAAAAAGUAUCGCGACGGACUGGAAAACAUCAUCAACCGAGCCAUGAAUUUUGUGAGCGACAACGCAGACCAAGCAUCUUCUGUACAAGAAACACCAACCAUCCCAACCACGAACUGGAACUCGGCAUUAUUCGAUCUGCAGGACCCAUUAUUUUCAACCUUUCACGACUUCCAACCAGACUCACUCCUUCAAACUGAACUUCAAGAUCCAUUUAAUGGGAUGCUCACUGAAGAUUUCUGGGCAGGCGAUGGAUUCAGCUUACACAUGGACGGACAAGCCAGACGACAAGAAUGA